AUGGCACUCAGGUGGACCAUCCUGUUCUUUGGCUUUGGACUGGCAGCAGCCAAGCUAACAGGUGACACAGAAAUCGACGUAGAUGAAGGCCAAGACUGGGACAUGUUUAACAUCAAUGAAGCGGCUGGGCUGGACCUGCUGGAGGGAGAUAUCGAAAUGUCUGAAACAUUUAACAGAAACUCCAUCAUAGGAGAAAAGUACCGCUGGCCAACGACCAUUCCCUACUACCUAGAGGACAGUCUGGAACUGAACGCAAAGGGAGUGAUCCUGAAAGCAUUUGACCAGUAUAGACUGAAGACCUGCAUCGACUUCACACCGUGGAAAGGAGAGGAGAACUACAUCUCUGUUUACAAAGGGAGCGGAUGUUCCUCCCCUGUAGGAAACCAGCGUAUCGGGAGGCAGCGGCUGUCCAUUGGUAAAAACUGUGAUCGCCUGGGAACUGUUGAGCACGAGUUCCUGCACGCUUUGGGCUUCUGGCAUGAGCAGUCCAGAGCUGACCGGGAUGAUUACAUCACCAUCAUGUGGGAUCGUAUUGAAUCUGGCAAAGAGCACAACUUCAGAACAUACGAUGACUCAGUGUCCAACGCUCUCGGCGUUCCCUAUGACUACGGCUCUGUGAUGCACUACAGCAAGACGGCCUUCAACAUCGGCUCUGAGCCCACCAUCGUCACCAAGAUCCCCCACUUCAUGGACGUGAUUGGUCAGAGGAUGGGCUUCAGUGCGAGUGACCUCGCCAAGCUCAACCAACUCUACAACUGCACCAAGUCUUCGACUUUCGUGGACAGCUGUAACUUUGAGGAGGAGAACAUUUGCGGGAUGAUUCAGGGUGCUGAUGCAGUGUGGGAGCAUCGCAGCUCUGUGAGCGGAGGGCCUCAGACCGACUUCUCCAACAUGGGACAAUGCAAAGGAAAAGGUUACUUCAUGCACUUCAGCACAGCCAAAGCUGAACCUGGUGCCCAGGCACUGCUGGAGAGUCGCUGGCUUUACCCCAAACCUGGAGCCCAGUGUCUGCAGUUCUUCCUCCAUAACAGCGGGGCGGCUGACGAUGUUCUUAAUGUCUGGGUGCGAGAGUAUGACGAGGCAAACCCCAGCGGCAAACUGAGGCUCUUCAAGAGCAUUUCAGGAGGUGUCAUGGGCUCCUGGGAGCUGCACAACAUUAAUCUGGAGGUGACAAAGAAGGCCCGUGUGGUUUUUGAGGGCGUGAGGGGAAAUAAUCCCUCAAAGGGAGGUUUCUCUCUGGAUGACAUCAACCUGUCGUCCACAAAGUGUCCUCAGCACAUCUGGCACAUCCGCAACAUCACCCGCCUGCUGGCCACCACAGCAGCAGGAGAGAAACUGUACAGCCCUCGCUUCCUGUCAGCAGCUGGUUACUCCUUCCAGGUCGGCGUGUACCUGAACGGAAGAAGUGACCGUCCGGGGUACAUGGCCACCUACUUCCACCUGACCUCAGGCCCCAACGACCACAACCUGAAGUGGCCGUGUCCAUGGCAACAGGCGACUAUGGCCCUGAUGGAUCAGCAUUCUGACAUCAGACAGCAAAUGAACAUGCACCGGAUGGUCACCACGGACCCCGACAAGAAGUCAUCUGACGGCGAGUUUUACUGGGACGAUCCCAGGAAGGUGGGCUCUAAAGUGACUGCGUCUGAUGGCAGCUACUUCUACCGAGGCCCAGGAACCGGAACAAGUUCCUUCCUCACCCACAGCCGACUGAAGAGCAGGAACUACAUCAAAGGAGACGACGCCUACUUCCUGUUCAGUGUGGAAGAUAUAUCUGAUCUGCUGGCCUCUCAGCCUCUCCCCCGCUCUGCAGACCACGCUGACGCCGGUCUGAUGAAGGCCGCAGACCAAGGCGCCCCGCAGGGAGCUGAUAAUAACUCCACGCUGGUCACAGCUGUGGCGGUGUCUGUGGCAGCAGCCAUGUUGGUGGUGUCCAUGCUGAUCGUGGGGAACGCCUGGAGGCUGAGGAGGAGCAGGAGGAGGCAGCAGCAGAGCGGCGAGGGGGUGAUCAUCCAGGACAUGCCUGGAUUCAUGGAGGUGAGCGUUAAUAACGGGCGUCGCCACACCCUGAUUGGUCCAGAGGCAAAAUGCACCAAGCUGCUCUAA